UUCCAGAACAAAAUGAAACUGAAAUUACUUCUAUUCCUAUGCAGUGCACAGUUUUCUCACGGCUUCAGCUUGGAGGAUGCGAAGCUGCAGUGUGACGAUUGGUUUCCCGAGCCGAUCAGCUAUAAAUUAGACCCGGCGCACACAAAAAAGAGCCAUCGAUUCGAGAUAAUCGAGGAUUUUUGCGCUGAUCGCGAUGAUGAGAAGCUGCGGAAAAGUGUGCACGCGCUUGUGGUCGCGACGUUGAACGGGAGGAGCUCGGGUUAUUCCGAUGUUCUUGCAAUUGUUUUCAGGCAUUUGCCCACAAUCCGCCAGAUAAUAAUCUCGGUGCUCUGCCUGAUCACAGCUCUGCUGAUAUUCCUCGUCGUCUGGAAAUUGCUGCUCUUCGAGGUUAUCGAAGUAAUCGUGUAUUGGUUGGAUGAUAAUCGCUCCGGAUUCACCAUUAUCCCCAUAUUUUGUAUCCUUGGUCUAACAAUUUUGGCCGCCAAUUUACGAGAGUGUACUCAGGAUGCGGUCUAUGGAAGGACGAUGCUCGAAACCGCCAAUGAUCACAGUUUUAUGCCCAUCAAAGAGCGUCUCCACCGUAAGCUGUCCUACAUACCGUGCUUGUUCAAACGAGACUUCGCCGUCACCGAAAACGAACGCCGCCGAAUAAAUUGGUUCUUGCAUGACUACGCCAACUUCACCAUGUUUAAUAAGCUGUUCCUGAAGAUUCCCGCCAAGAAAUCAUUUGUCGAGGGGAAGUGCAAAUAUUUCGAGAAAUCGAUUUUUGCGAAAUUGGAAAACGUUACAAAGUAUAUGGAGUUUUCGGAUCUAAACUCGGAGUACAACAUCCUGGUGGAAGAGUACCAGAAAAUAAUUCUCAAUGCUUUGAACAUUUCGAUUCCAGUUUUCGGAAAAGCGUUGGCGUCUAUUGAGGAAUUUGUGUCAAAGUAUCACGAUAAUGUGCUUCUCCUACCAUCCGGACACACCCUCGAUUUUUAUCAGACGUCUGCCAACACGACAGUGACUUUUGCAGUCCUCUCCAGUGGGAUUCUGACGAUUUUGUUUAUUAUGAAGUUUGAGUUUCGGAAAAAAUACUCCAAAAUACUUGCUCAACUUCCAGUACCACUUUCAAUUUGCUCAGCGAUCUUCUGCUUGAUGUUCUCCACAGUUUUAAUUUGCCGCCUCGCAUUCAUUACUGUGGUGCAUGAACACGCACAAUCAAAUAAUUUUCAAAUGUUCUCAUCUGCUGAAACAUUCAACAUAUCUGAAAACGGGCAAAUCUACAUGAUCAACUAUGGGCACGUCCUGGCUAAGGCCGUCAGGCAGAAAACGACACUGUUCAGCCUCCUGGUGGAAGGAGGUGGAAAUCCGGUUCCCGAGGCGAUUCGAGGUUCCCAUUUGUUCAAGCCAACACGCAAGUUUAACGAGUCUGUCGAGAAGCUUAUGAAAAUUGCGGAAGCUGGUACGGAACGGUAUGUGGAGACGGCGUGUCGGCGGGGUGUGAAGAUGGUGGACGAUUUGGAGAAUCGGGCGAAGGAAUUGAAGAAGGAAGGGAUGGCGAACUGCACAGAACAACUGGAAUUGAUGGAGAUGAUAUUGGAGAAAGCCAACACCUCCGCUACCUUGGCCUGCGACUCUGCAAAAAUGCUCCAGCUCACGCCGAUAAAUCACACAACCACUGAGUCACCCUACACCACGUGGACACGCUACCUGCUGCCCAGAGAAGGGAGCGCUGUAAUGAAGAAGAAGUCGGUUCAAGAUGUGCACAGCCCGAUGCAAGUGUAUCUCGUCUUUGAGAAUCCGUCGAAAAAGUUGCGGCCGACAGUUUUGGAGCACAUGCUCCGAAUGUCGUUGUUCAUUGUGUCGAUGGUGCCGAUUCAUUUCGUGUUGGCCGUGUAUUUCAUGUUUAUUGUGCCGCUGCUGCUUGAGGAGACGGCGGAGAAUUUAUCCGAUGACGCUGAUAGGACUAAAAAUUCGACGUCAACAUUGAAAUAGCCAAUUUUAUGUGAAAAUUAUGAUGAUACAGAGUGUUGUGAAAUAAAACAGUUAAUGAAU